GCGCCGGAGCUCCGCACGGAGAGAGGGAGGGAGGGAAGGAAGGAGGGACAGCAGCGUCCCCGCGUCCCUGCAUCGCCCGUCCCCGGCCCGCCGGAUGCUGCCGGGGCAGCGGCGAGCCGAGGCGCUGCGGGGCUCCCGGCUGCAGAUGUGCUGUGGUGACCCGUGCCCUGCCAGCAGCUCCUGCCUGCCUUAGCCAGCAUCCUGCCAGCCAUGGCCUCAACGCCCCAGUGAGGGACAAAAGGACGAGGAGAGAGUGUCCCCAACAGUGCCACAUCCCCUGGGAGAGCCAUGGAGGCCCCUCUGGAUGUGCCUGUGGGGAACCUCAUUGACUUUGACAGCGAAACGCCCGCCUGCGACCCCUCAGAGCCGGCUCCCGCUGCCCCCAGCGACAGCGGCCAGCGAGGGGGUGACAGCGGUGACACGGGGGAUGACAGUGGCCACCCGGGGGACACAGGGGACGUGGCUGCCGAGGAGAGCGACGCCACCGAGUCAGCAGACAGCGAGAACGACAUGGGGGGCUCUCCCCAGCACUGGGGCGGCCCCCGGCGCUCCUCGUCCAACGAGUCCCUCUCGUCCGGCCAGAGCGCGGAGUCGGCGCCGCGGGACGAGCGCAGGGAGUUCAUGCGGGGUUACGUGGAGAAGAUCUUCACCGGGGGAGAGGAUCUGGACCAGGAGGAGAAGGCCAGGUUUGGGGAGCUGUGCAGCAGCGAGGACGGGAAGGGCAGGGAGUGGUUUGCGAGAUACGUGAGCGCCCAGCGCUGCAACUCCAAGUGUGUCUCAGAGCAGACCUUCUACCGCCUGAUGCAGUCCUUCGCCCUCGUGCUCUUUGAGUGCCACCAGAUGGACGAUUUCAGCCCUGCCAAGAACCUCAUGACCAUGUGCUUCACCUAUUACUACAUAGGGAAGCCCCAGGCCCUGCCCCUGGAGGCCAAGGAGAAGCCCACGGGCAGCAUCGACUCGUACCUGAAGUCAGCCAACACGUGGCUGGCCGAGAAGAAGGACAUUGCAGAGAGGCUGCUGAAAAACACCUCAGCCAAGACAGAGAACGUCAAGGGCUUCUUCGGGGGCCUGGAGACCAAGCUGAAGGGUCCUGGCAGCAAAAAGAGCGAAGAAGGUGAAGACAAACCAAAGGAGAAGCUGAAGAAGACAGUGUCCCUGCAGAGCCCAGAGGAGGAGAAGAAAGGGGAGAAGAUCUACCUGUACAUGCACCUCAAGCAGCAGCCGAUCUGGCACAACCUCCGUUUCUGGAACGCCGCCUUCUUCGACGCCGUGCACUGCGAGCGCAGGAAGAGAUCCCCCACCACCAGAGGGAACCCUGGGGAGGAAGAGGAGAAGAGGGAGAAGUGGUGCCACAUGACGCAGGAGGAGCGCGACGACAGCCUGCGCUUCAAUGAGAACAUCACCUUCGGGCAGCUGGGCACCUUCAUCCACAACAUGCUGGCCUUUGGCCUCAACAAGAAGCUCUGCAGUGACUUCCUGAAGAAGCAGGCGACCAUCGGCAACUUGGACGAAGAGCAAUACAAGCUGCUCAGUGACCACAUCGAGCAGAUGGCCCCGGAGUAGCUGCUGGGCAGAGGUGGAGACGGCAGCCGGCCAGGUGGGGAGGGAGAGGAGCCCACCCCGGGGCUACCUGAGACUGCAGCUGGGCUAGCGACAAACCAAACCACACCACGAGCUGCAAUAAAACCUGCAUGAUCGUCCAUCAAGCUCUAGAGCUGCCCCAGGGCAGCCUGUAGACAUAGGAGCCAAGCAGCCCCCGCCCUCGCCAGACCCUCCCGCCUCUGUUGUCGGAGUAGGUGCUCCCAAAAGUGAAUUUGGUUGGUUAAAAAGCAAAACAAAACACAAGGGGAAAGCAGGAAGAGCGUGGCAGUGCAGCCCCCAGGUGCUGAGUGAGCAGCACUCCCGUGAUGAGGGCUCUGGUGGUAAAUCCAGAGGGAUCCAAGGCUGCCUUUCCCCGCUGGAGCCCCCUCGCUGAUGAUGCUGGAGGGGAUGGCAGGCACCACAGCCAGGAGCUGGGGCUGCCCCCAGCCACCCCCCAGUCAGGUUCUGUGCUGUCUGCAGGGUGUCACCACUGCCUGGGGACAUGGGCAGGGUGGCGCCUUGCUGGGGACAGAGGUGGGGAUGGCAGAGCUCUGCUGCCACCCUCCCUGGGAGCUGGAGGGAAAUCCUUCCCUUGGGAAGCCUUCCCCGUGCUGCCCGUGUGGGUUUGCACCUCUGGGCAGAGGGACAGCACUUUGCUCCAUACCAUUAGCCUGGAUCAGCAGGAAAAAAGCCAUGGCCUGGGGCAGGAUUGCAGGCAGAGGCAGAGGAGCUCUGCCUGCCUUGGGAGGAGAUGACAAAAGCUCAUCCCUCUCCCUGCUGCCCUGUCAGUGCGGGGAUGCUGCUGCAUUGUGACAUUUCCCGAAGCCUCCCGGCAUCCUGUGGCAGUAGAUUAAUGUCCUCCUUCCCCAGGCUGCUCCUCUCUGCCCCCUCCUUUGCUCCAGCUGCUCAUCCAUCAAACCUGAAGCAGCCCUGUCCAAAGGACACCUCCUGCUCUGCUCCAGGGGCUGCAGAUCUGUUUUAUCCCUUGGACCUUGGCACGGUGUUUGCAGAGAGGCUGGGGACACGGGGACAUCUCUGGGGA